AUGAACGCCUUGAUCGAGCAAAUAGCGCGCAAGCAGCAUGUGGCAUCGGUCGUGGAUUUAGGUGCUGGACAGGGAUACUUAUCACGCGCUUUGGCAUACCAACACCGUUUAAAAGUAUUGGCAGUGGAUUCCUCCGAAGUACAAACUUGCGGUGCCAAAAAAUUCAACGCAAAAGCUAUGAAAGGAGGGAAAGCAUUCGAUUUACAUCACGUUACAGAUACGAUUGGCCCCGAGAAUGCAUCGAAUAUAUUGUCGCGAUGGAGUACUCACAGUGAUGAACAUUGGUUACUGUGUGGAUUACAUGCCUGUGGCGAUCUCUCCAGCUUGAUGUUACAACUCUUUGCCGAAAGUGAAGAGAUGGUCGCCUUGGUUAGUGUGGGCUGUUGUUACCAUUUCUUAACGGAAGAAGGCGAGCAUAAUGGUUUUCCCAUGAGUCGUGCGUUGAAAUCUACCGAUUACCGGCUCGGAUCGACAGCGCGAAUGUUGGCUUGUCAAGCUCCGUCUCGAUGGCUUGAUAAAAAAGAUGACAGCUUGAAAGCGUAUGAACAUCACUUUUUCCGCGCAUUAUUACAGCUGAUCAUGGUGGAGAAAGAACUAGCCAAAGCCUCAGCUGCUCCGGUGAUUGGGCGUCUAAACAAAAAGAAAGACUUUACCUCGUUCCCAGUUUAUGUUAAAGCAGCUCUUGCCCGAUUAAAUAUACCCGAGGACAGCAUCACACAGGAGGAAGCUUCACGAUAUUAUCAAGAAUACAAGGAGAAGCAAGUAGACAAGCAAAUGGCCAUAUUCUGGACGAUACGAGCCUUACUUGCCCCCGUACUUGAAAGCAUCGUUCUCAUGGACCGUUGGCUGUAUUUGAAGGAAUCGUUGAAUCCUCUACAGAGCGCUACCAAAGGAGUGUGGAUGUGGCCCUUGUUUGAUCCCAUCAUUUCACCGAGAAACAUGGUCAUUGUCGCUACUAAAUAG